AUGAUGAUUGGAGGAUCGGUUCCGAUCCAGGGCAGAAGCCGACGAGGACGUGCCCCGUGGCCCUUCCCAACAUUUCCCAACCUCCCUGCAGCUGCGCCGGUCCAGGACCUGAGCCCCAUGGACUCAGAGGAGGUCGCGGCCUCAGAUUCCCUGUGGGCCAAGUACUUCGGAGUAGCAACAUUGCUCAUCCUGGCUCAUGACUCGGGCUGCGCGGAAGGCACGCAAGGAACUUCAAGGCAGCGCCAGUCCAGCAAGCUGCUGAAGAAGGCCGGUGCCUUGGGGAAAGAGGAAAGCGAGGCUCCUUCGUUGGCUCAUGCGGCGCAGCUGCUGAAGGCAACUGUGAAGGCCAAGCUCGCAAUGGGCGAGUAUGCUGGCCACCUGCCUGACAGCUCCCACAAUUUGGUCGAGCAGCUGAUGGCACAGUAUGCCCAGCUCCAGGAGCAGGAGGAGGAGGACACGGAGGCAGCUGCCGAGGAGGCGAAAGCCGCAGCGGCUGCAGCAUUCCGAAAGGCGGAGGCUUUGGAUGUGGCCAGCGACGAUGCGAUGCUGAACUACGAGAAGGUUGUCAGGAGCCGGCUCAACAGGGAAGCUGCAUCUCUGGUCUGUGUUGAAGAUCUAGACUCCUUUGUGGAUCCUGCUCCAUAUUGCUUUGAGCUCGUUGAAAGCAUCUACAAGAAUCUCAUCUUAAGUGCAGCAGGUGUUGCCAUAGAGAUGCCAAACCCCUUAGUUUACAUUGAUGAAGCCUUGCUCCCCGGUUCUCGCCAGACUGCGAGCUCGGUGAAAGCAUGGCAGCUGAAGGGCGUGGACUUGAAGUGCCAAACGAUCUCUGGUGACCACCUACAAGGUGCCUACUUCACACCUUCACGUGGCUCUCGGCUGAGGACUGUGGCUGCAGUGAAGCGGCAGGGAUUGGAGUGGACGUUUGCACAGUCGCUGCCACAGCUCCCCGCCCCUCCCACGGAGACGGUGGAUGCCCUCCAGGACAUCACACCGAGAGCCGAGGAGGAGGAAGGGGAGGAGCCCCAGGUCGACCAACUGCAAGAGGUGCUGCCCAAGGUCCAUCGUCGCCGCGAUCGGAAGCUGGCCACUAUGCCAGCACGCAUGGGGCCGAAGGAAGAGCUGUCCAGCGCACGGUUGAGUGACGGCAAGGGCAAGGAUAGAGCUACGGAGACUCUUGCAGAGCUGCGGGAGUCGGUCCUGAAGCUGCCCCUGCCGAGACCAAUAACAGUGAAUGCCGCGGGGGAGCCAGAUUUGCCGGUUGUUAUGCGCAAAAAGAAGAAGACUGCCACGAUGCCGGAUGUGAAGGUUCCGCCGUUGGUGUCACGGCCUGGUAGCAAGGUGAGCGUCAUCGGGUGA